AUGGUUAGGCCGGGGUACAAGUGCGAGAUCUGCAAGAAGACCAAAGGGGUCUUGAAUUUCAAAAUCCGGGAUAGCAACUACGAGAUCAUCAAGUACAUCUGCGAUAGGUGCCACCCAUGCACGCAGGCAGAUGCUGAGGAGGGGUGCAUCGUAGUCUGCCCCUGGGAGACAGUGGACGACGCUGUCUGCGUCUGUAACGAAACAUUCGACGCACAAUGGGAGGCCGCUGUUUAUGAGGCCACUGCAUCCCAGGUAAUCAGGGAAGCGGAGCAGAACGCGAGGCGGAAGCGGAUCGCGAGGAGGAGGAAGGUGCUGGUGAUGAGGAUCAACAAGAUGGCGAGGAACAGGAAGAAGACGAUGACGAGGAGGAAGGGUGCCAUGGCGAGGACAAGGGACUUCGCGGAGAGGAGAAAGCGCUGGCUGCGCAAAUCUCGCAAAGCUAGAGCAUAA